AUGAACUCCGUCUCACUAUCAGACAUCGAGUUCCCCUCAGCAGCAGUCUCGGUAUCACAAUUGCUGUCGUCCUUACGACGUUCCGCGCUCUCUGUCACAAAUCGUCUACACUCUAUCGAAGCAGACGCCCGCUUCGUGCGAGACGUCGCCGAUCACUACCAGCUACCCCUCAUUGCCAACGAGCGCUGUGGCAGUUGGUAUAUCGAUCCAGAGCAGAAGGCCGGGAGUGCGUACUUUAAGAGCACGGAUGGCCAUACGGGCAUCUGGAAUUUUAGUUUCCGCAGGCUUAAUUUGCAAAUUCUCGCGAUUGCUCGCAAACAUGGCGGGUGUAUUAUUGUAGAUUCUACACGCCGGGGUAAAUUGAUGCCCGAUGCUUUGUCGAAGACAGUGCCCAUAUGGUGUGCGGUGAUAAAUCGCGCACUAUUUCCAACACAGUCGGCAUACCACCCUGUUCAGUUUCCUCCUAAUUUCUUGGGUGCCUCGGAAGAAGCCCAGAUCGAAAAUAGAAUUGACAGCUUUGUCAAAACCUUCAAGGAACUGAAACUUGAUAUGGACCAGCUAAGGAAUGAUCUAGGCCAGCCCAUUCGUAUUGCCUGGGCUAACCAGACAUACUUCCAUCCUACCACACUUGUCAAAGGUCACGGCUACAAUUUGUUCGUGCUUUGCUCGGCCUCUAGGAGAGUGCGGGGCGCCGAAGCCUCUGAAGGUGGCUAUAUACAAGGUGCGGGCGAUGACAGUGAGGGAUGGUCUCAUGGCUUAACCGCUCCGGUAUUCUGGGCAAACAAGGAUGCUCUUUUCGCUACCGACGAGAGCGAUUUACCGGAUGUCAUCAGUGAAUUGAUGACGAAACACGCUGGUUCUAAUAGCAGUGCUGGCGCUGACCAACGACAGGCAAGUGGUUUCUUAAUUCGCCCAUCGUUAAAUCUUUAUAUCUGCCAAUCUCGACCCAAUACAAAACCACCCGAACUAUCGACCCCGAAAAGGUUGAAUCUUGGCUGUGGUUCCCACAAGAUUGGCAGUCGGGAUCUGCGAACCUCUUUGGAGAAAGUCAAGGCUUCUGCGGAGAAGCAUCUUCUACCCAAUCCUUCGCAAUCGCUACUGGUUACUUGUGAAACGGGAAAGGAUCUUUCUGUUGGAGUACUCCUGACUAUCAUUUGCUUGUUCUAUGAUGACAGUGGCAAAUUGGUCGGUGCACAACCAGAUGUUUACAUGGACAAACAAUUCAUUCGUCAACGCCUGGCGUGGAUUGUAACGUCAAAACCGGAUGCUAAUCCUUCACGCGCGACACUUCAAUCAGUCAAUUCAUUUCUCUUGCAGAGACCAGACUGA